CAGAAAUAAGAAGCCUGUCCUCUGCCUGAACAUUUCCUGCACUUAUCAGAGGGAAGGAGACUACAUACACUGCUUUCCUGCAGCUCCUGAAGGGAAUCACUUGCUUGGCCAGAGGUGCAUGUUGUAACGCACCAUGAAUCCUUUUAUACACACUUUACUCUUUUGCGCUCUCUUCUUUUUCACCCUUAAGGAGCUGACAGAGGCGUGCAGCUGUUUACGCGCUCAUCCGCAGGAGCAUUUCUGUCACUCAGACGUUGUGGUUCGUGCAAAAGCAAUUGCUGAAAAGAGGAUUCCCUCAACAAAUAAAGCCUACCGUACAAUCAUGUACACUAUCAAAGUGAUCAAGAUGUUUAAAGGUUUUCAGAAGAUAAAAAAUCUAUCCUACGUGUACACCGAAUCGGAUUCUGCCAUGUGUGGAGUGAAGUUGGAUGUCGUUAACAAGAGAGAAUAUAUUUUAUCAGGCUAUAUUUAUGACAAUAAAGUCCACAUUGACUUGUGUUGCUUCAUUCAAAGCUGGGAUAGCCUGUCAGGUUUCCAAAUACGGAGUCUCAGUCAUACAUAUCAACUGGGAUGUGAAUGUCAGAUUAAGAUUUGCGCCAUGGAUCCCUGUGAAAGUAAUGACAUCAAUGAGUGUCUCUGGACAGACUGGGUGAAGGACCAGAUGCUAUAUGGAAACCAAGCUGAGAAUUACGCCUGCAUUAGGCACAAAGAUGGCUCUUGUGGAUGGUACCCCAAUAUUUUUAAAAAGACUACCAUUCAUCCUUAGAUGUUCAACAUGCUCCUAUGGCUCACAUCAUAUGUUGUAACAGCCAGCAGGAGCCAAAGAAUCUCAACAAUACAAUGAAUUCCACAGAUCAUCUAAUGAAUAUGGGGAGUUGGUGGGUUCAGGUAGAAUUUAAAGUUCAGGAGCCGUUUUAUUAGUCACUGUGCUCUUUACAGCACAAUAAAAAGCAAUUUAGUUAAAUGAGAAUUAAUCAGAAUUAUUCCUUCUCAUUUUAAUAGAAAUUAAAUUUUUUGAUGUGACCCGGACUCUGGGAGGCUCCCAGCAGAAAUUGAAGAAACAAGGUUUCACAAGAAUAGGAAAAUAAUCUUUGACAUCACAUCACUUCUAUAAUGUUCCUGGAACAUAUAUGUGUUAUGUGUGAUCAUUACUAGUAGCUUUUUGGUAUAAAUCAGUUUGGAUAUGAAGAUUGGUGAUAUAUAUAUUUCAUCAAUCCCUGCACAAGAUGUAUUCAUUUAUAUCCUAUGUUAUACUGCAGUAUAUGUUCUUGUACAUCUUGUGUUAUUGUGCAGUGUAUGUUCUGCUACUGUACAUCAUGUUAAUCGAAGACCUUCUACAUCCCAUACUGUUCUGUAACCUGUGCCUUCUACAUGGUCAUUUAGUAUUCUACAGUGUAAACCAAUAACCCAUGUUCAUCUACAUUCUGAAAUCAUGUGUAAUUUAUAUUCUACUACAUUAUUUAAAUAGUCUGUGAUCUUAGUUGUUUUCUACAAUGUUGAUGCCCAACAGGUAGCCCCGUAUCAUGUGGCUCAUUAAUGUGUUAUUUUUUGACCCAGGCUGUGGCUUUGUUUCAGGAGGCACAGCGGUUGCUUCCUUCUUUUAUAUCGAACACAGCACCAUUUAGUGAAUAGAGGCACAGACUUCUCAGUGGCAUCAUGUAGUGUGCUCUAAGUCUGAAAACAGUAUGAUGUUGUCCAGCACUGCACAGAGCUUGGGUGCAUAUCUAGAGUCUUCUGCUACUGUAGUCUCCAGUCAUUGGUGCCGGGGGUGAAGACAGAAUUAAAAUGAUGUCAUCCUUGUUCUAAAGUGGGGGGUGGGUUUGUUUAUAACUUCAAAAAGUCUUGAAGUAGGGGCAGGGUGAAAACGAUAUAAUGGCGGAAUCUUUGGAAUAAACAAUAAUUCUAGAGUGAAGUGUAUAGAUCUGACUUAUAGAACACAGUACAAUUUAGAAGACAUAUGUAGACUAAGUGGUAAAUUGGUGGCUAAAGAAUGGUUUCAUGGGACUUAGAAGUAGAAGAACAGAGUCUUGGGAAAGGUGCGGUUGGAUAAAAUAGAGACCUCUUUUAUUCUAUCGCCUAAUUUUUUUGACAGAUUAUUCUUUGCCUGCAUUCAUACUGCUCUGUGUCAUUAUAUAUACCAUAUUAUUAAACGCUCAUGCAUUUUCUAUGUUUAA